AUGGAGGAGGCGACUGGAGAUUAUUUGGAGUCGGAGCCGGAUGCGGUGUUUCCUCCUGACUGUUCUGAAUCCAACGAGACAUUCUCACGCGUUCAGCUACUAUACUCGCAGCACAUAAUUGCAUGGCCAAAUUUCUCGGAAUGCUUGCCGCACUGUGGGAUGUGCCAAGUGUUUGCUUCCGAUCCCACUUAUAUUGUUUAUAAUUUAUUGCUCAUUGGCUUCUUCCUUCCGCUGAUUGGCUUGUGCGGUCUUAUUGGCAAUGGUUUGAGUGCUUUCAUCUAUUAUCGACCUGAGAUGCGUUCAUCAACCAAUCUAUACUUGUGCGCUCUGGGAUGCAGCGAUAGUGCUGUCAUAUGUACAGCAAUAUUUUUAUUUUGCAUUGAUAGUAUUAGGCGCUAUUCGCUGCAUUUGUCGCUAGUUUUUGGCGCUCUAUCACCGAUUGUCUAUCCGGCAGGCAUGACCGCUCAAACGUGCUCCGUUUAUUUCACUUUGGUGGCUGCCGCCGAUUGUUUCGUUCAAGUAAGAUCAAGUAUCUUUUCUAAUCAACUUUCCAAAAAAAAUCGCCUUUAUUUCAGUACAUCUGCUUUUUCAGGUCUCAGCCUGUUCUAA